AUGACGCUGGCUGCGCCUGUGGUUGUGGCGGUGUGCAUGACUAGUGCCUUGCUCUUGCUGUUGGCGUGCACGGCUGGCGCUGCGGCUGCGGCUGGCACGGCAAGCAGCCGUGCUGGUCGGUCGUUUACGGUGGUUGAAGGAUUCAAUGCCGUGCCGCGAGGGUGGAAGGUGUCCGCCAGCUCCUUGCAGGAGUGCAUGGACGUGUGCGACCAACAGGCAUGCUUGCAGUUCAGCUUCAACGAGCUGUUCCACGUCUGCUACCACAGCAACCUCACCUCGUGGGCGGGCCUCGUGAACGACCACAUCAUCAGCGGCUGCAUCGAUUCGGCCGUUGCCAGGUGUGGCGACGUGCCCUCUCCGCCGGAACCGAGCCCGAAGCAGCUUAAAUGGGCAGUCUCUGGAGCACCAAACACGAGCGACCCGGCCUGCGGCUUCCCCACCUUGAGCCCCGCCCUGGCGCCCGUCGGCCGCAUCUACCACGCCACGCCCGAGAUUGGCAUGUACAACCACGCAGCCAUGAUCGACUUCUUCGACAGCAACUUCUUUGUCUCGUGGAAGAACUCCCCCUUGCAUGAGGACACGCCUGGCCAGCGCAUCCUCUACUCGCAGUCGACCGAUGGGCUCUCCUGGACCCCGACCGACGGCAGGAACGUGCUCUUCCCAAACAUGUCCAGCAACAGCAACCCGGCCGCCCUCUUUGCAGGCCCGACCGUCAUCCUCAACGGCAGGCGCUACGCCACCGCCAGCCCGCACCAGUUCUGCCUCUUCCCAUACCCGUACGUGGGCGAAGGAUACGUGCUGCUGCUGCGGCGCGUGGGCAACACGAUUCCGGCCAAGCUGGGGCCCAUCUUCUGGGCAAACCCGACUGUCCCUUUCGGAUUUGAGGAGGCAACGAAGCGCAACGGCGUGCUCACCUCUGCGCAGAUGGAUGCAGAGACGCAGGCCGACCUUGCACUCCUGGACAACUGGAACCACCUGCCCUGCGGCAACACCAACGGAAGCGCAUCGCUCAAGUGCGAGAUGUGCCUCAACGGCUGUGACGACUUUCUUCGCCGCGACAACGUCGAUGAUGGUCGUGCUGAUGGUAGUGCUGCUACUUCUGCUGCUGCGUCUGCUGCUGCUUCUGCUGCUGGUGGUGGUGGUCGUGGUGGUGGCCACAGGCAUGAUGGUGGUCGUCGUGGUGGUGGUGGUGGUGGUGGUGGUGGUGGAUUUGCAGGCAGCAGGGGACGGCUUGGUUCCCUCGGCGGAUCGAGCGAGGAAACGCAUUACACCGUGCCGCACUCGAGCGCUGGCGUUAUCCUGCACCGCACGGGCAACAACCUGGCGUUCACGUACCGUCCAAACACAACUGUGCAGUGGAGCAUCCCCUGGAUAUCUGAGCUGCCGGACGCAGGCUCCAACCUCAACGCGGGCACCCUUCCUGAUGGCCGCGUCUUCCUCGCCUCAAACCCGUGCCCGCACCGCCGCUACCCGCUCGUCAUCUCCACCACCCGGGAUGGCUUCACGUGGGACAAGGCCGUGGGCGUGCUCAGCUGCGAGCAGCUUCGAAACACGUCGUUUUGCGCGCAGGGCGCAACCCCGUCGCUCGCCUACCCGCAGGCCGUCGCUGUCACAGCGCCAGCGGAUGUGGCCGGCCUAUACGUUGUCGUCUCCGUGAACAACUCUGUCCGGGUCCCGUACACCGCCCUUUGA